AUUGUGGAUGCACAGUACAACAAGGACAAGGAGCGUUCAAAAAUACGAGCAGAUCCAAAAGAUUGGUCUCAAGCACACAUGAAGCAUUGGCUCCAGUGGGCAGCCGGAAAAUUCAAUUUAUUGUUAGUCUCCUUGCGACUGGAAGACUGGAAUAUCACUAGUGCUCAGUUAUGUAAUUCAACGCUCGAAGAACUUAGUUCGAAAAUACAUGUUAAUCCAGGUGACAUUUUCUUCGCAUAACUAAAAGUGCUACAAGACUCCAAAUUUUUGGGUAGCUAUGUAUAAAAAGGUCCACCUGCAGGAGCCAAGCACAUUGUCAAAGAGAACGAGCCCACUAAAAUCCCCAACCAGAAAUCACCAAAGGCUUUAAAUAUCAGUCAGCAGCCAAGACUCGUUAGUGAACCACUAAUUGAGGUUGAAUCCUCCCAAAUCUCGAUAGCUACCUCCAAUAGAACAGCGAACAGUGGGCAGUUAAAGUUGUGACAGUUCUUACUGGAAUUGCUGGCCGAUGCUGAACACAGGACUGCUAUUCAGUAGGUUGGAACUGAGGGUGAGUUCAAGUUUAAUCAACCGGAAGCUGUGGCGCAACUUUGGGGCGCGCGUAAGAGCAACCCUUCGAAGACGUAUGGUAAAUUUAGUAGAUCGUUUCGGUACUAUUACGAUAAAGAAAUAAUUUCGAAAGUUCACGGAGAAAGAUCGGUAUAUAAAUUCGUUUGCGAUUUAAAACAGCUAUGGGGAUAUUCAACUGUGGAAUUGAGUUAUUUAUUCGAGGAGGGUUAAACAUAUUUCCUCACCCUCAGAGACAGGUCAGAGAGAAAUAGGAAUAAAGAAACAAAUAUAGGCCGCUUCUCUGACAAUCCUUUCCUACAAUACCGACGUUCAUAUCAGACGAUUGUAACUGACGCACAUUGAAACUGUUGUACCUGUCACAGAUAAUUUAAGAAAUUUUUGUUAUUUUAUUUUACCAUUUAAUCCUGCGUCGCCUAAGUUCUUCAAGACACCAGCCCCUAGCACUUACCUACAUCCCAUUUCGUACACUCAUAAGGAGCGUACAAAAUUGCAAUAUCGACAAAUGUUACAGUAUAUCAUCAUCAAUAUACACAUAGUAUGUAUAUUGAUGAGUGUCUUGGCGGAUGAAUUAUAUUGCAUGAUGUUUAAAUAGUCAAAACGAAUAAAUUCACUUACAAUUAA